GGGGGCGGCGGGUGGGGCGGCGAAGCGAGGGGGGAGGGGCAGCGAGCAUGCAGGGUGCAGCAGGGGAGGUGGCAGCAGCAGCAGCAGAGGAGGCAGCAGCAGCAGCAGCGGAGAGGCAGCAGCAGCAGCAGAGGAGAACGCAACAAGGGGUUGGGAGCGGGAGGCGCAGCAGCAGGAAACUACUGUUGAAGCAGCAGCAGCUGCAACAGCAGCAGCAGCGGAAUGCAAGGUGCAGAGACACAAGACGACGAAGCAACAGAAGCAACUGCAGCAGCAGCAGCAGCAACUGCUGCAGCAGCAACUGCAGCAGCAACAGGGAAAGGGAGAUAAAGCCAGCAGCAGACAACGGCAAUUGUACUGGGCACCCCGCCCCUAA